AUGGCAAACACUAUUGACAAUAAUGCCGUCGAUCCACUCUUCACUUGUUCCCAACCCAGUAGAAAGCGGAAAAAGUUAGUACGUACUGCCUUAACGCUUCGUGAAAAAGCCAUUGUCAAGAGCUUUUGUGAAGAAAAAGUAAAUAAUUGCAAAGAUAAUGGCGAGUUAGUGCCAUCUCAAGAGGUUCUUCGACAGGAAGUGGCGACUCAAUUUGGCUGGUCAUGUGGACGCUCGACAUUAUCGAAAAUUAUAUCCAUGGAUUGGAAGAUCUUACGAGGAAGCUAUGAAGGUGGUAAUACACCAAGGAAUCCUGAUAUGAAGCGACAUCGUCGUCCGCUCUUUCCUGCUUUCGAGGCUGAUCUCGUUCAGUUUAUUAUCACUCAUUUGGAAGCAGAAAGGAGAGAUGAGAGCGUUCUGCAAGCUACACAAGAUGUACAGUCAAGAAACAAAAACAGCGGUGCUAUUGCACUGCUAACAGCCAGAAACAAGGGAAUGUGUGAUGCGGAGGGUACUGCAGGUGGAUAUCAAGGACGACCCCUUACAGAGGCAUUGAUUCUUGAAGAAGCGCAACGAUUGAAGAAAGUGCACGGUGUUUCUGAUGAUAUGCUUGUACUUUCGGUUGGAUGGCUAGCGCGAUUCAAGCAUCGACAUUGUAUUCGCCUGCGGAAACCUGCCGGGAUGUCCAAUUGUUUGUUACCGCUGCAUUAUCAACCUGGAUUUGUUGUGGAGGAAAAUGCUGAGUUGACAGAUUCUUGUAGCUCCAGUCUUAUCGUUUCUAGUUUAUCGAACACGCAUGAUGCAAGCAAGAUGGCCGCAACAGAUGCUACGACCGAGAUUACAAGUAAUGAUGCCGAUUUGUUACCACGAUCGACUCGAUUGACAGAAAAGAUGGAGCUUGCAGGCAAUUCUCCUCAGCUGACACUUGCCAAGGGAAUGGCGCUGUGCUCUGCGCAAUGGUAUCAAGAAGCGAUGACUAAGUCUUUGGCAGCUAGUCCUUUGACGGUCAAUGCGAAGCUGCUGCACCAGGUCCCGGAAAGCAUUCGUGAACUUGCCUGCUCGUGCCAAGGAUCAGCCAUUUGUGGUAAAUUAUUUAAUGGUUUCGCUGGCUUACGAGUUGCAGUUGUGGGAUGUGGUAGUGUCUUUGAGGCCUUCCUCACAGCAGCAUUGGUCGGUGUCAAUGGGUUUGUUACUUGUGUGGAAGCUAGCGCUGCAAACGUCAAUUUGGCGCAACAAGCUGCAGAAAGUUAUUGCCUAGUGACAUUGGGAUUGCCUGCUGUGAAUAUGAAGUUUGUUGCACGUACAGAUGGUGAUAUGAUUCAAUCUUCAUCGUCAUCGUGCGUAUCAGGUGACGAGCUUAAGGAUCUGCAAGGCCAGCAGGAUUUGGUUAUAUGCAAUUGCUCGAUCCAAUCGUUAGCGUUUCCUGCGAGCAAGAAUGCCAUGCUAAAAGUGGCGUUCGGUCUGCUUAAGGUUGGUGGGGAGCUGCGUAUGGUAGAUCUGGUCUCCUCUCGACGGCUGUCAUCAUUUGAAUGUGAGUCGGCGCGUUUAGCAGCGGAAACAAGUGCUGUGAGUGAAGGCUCUACAAGCGGGCAUGAGUGCUCGAAACAAUUAGAGCAGACGCUGCUGCUCGGUGCACCGUAUAUAGGCGAUCUACGACGACGUUUCCGAGCGCUAGGUGGCAAUGCCGAGGUUCGCUCUGUGAGCUGUAACGAAGCAGAAGCUGCGACAAUUGACGUUGCCGUCGCUUCUUUACUACCCUCUCUCGCUGCAGCCAACAAUGUGAGGUUUCGCCGAGUCACUUUCCACGCGUUCCGACUUGAAGAUGUCGAAGAUCCAUGCGAGGAUUACGGGCAGACAGCAAUAUUUCAUGGGUACGAUGCUCAAAACAACGCUGCCAGCGGUACAGAUGUAUUACCGUCAUAUCAACUUGACGAUCACUGGAAUUUCCAGAGGGGUGUGUGGACACCAAUCGACGGCAAUACUGCGCAAAUUUUGCAGACCAGUUGGUUGCAACGAUACUUCUCGGUACGUGGAGAUCGCUCGAGGCACUGUGGUCCAUUCGUGGCGAGUGUAUAUUCCAAAGACUGUCCAUCCUCAGUUUCACAAUUAGCGGCUUUGGCACCAAGUGAUACUAUGAGGUCAAUUGAAGUGGUGAAGCCAGUGAUUACUGAUCAACCUUCAUGUCCAAUAUCCUCGUCCUCCUUAGAGCCUCUUGAGAUGAUUAAUAUAUGA